ACAUAUGAGAGAUGGUAAACAAAAAUCAGCUGCUGGCUUGGCCUGGCCUCGCUGACACUCCUGGCGUACACUCUCCGGACCUCACUGAUAUCCUGCUGACAAACCUGACACACUCCCUGCCAUGCUGUCAUUCUCUUCGCAGCACUGACACCAAAAGUGACACAGUCUUAUCUUUGCUGACGCCCUACCUGACACUUUCGUUCCUGACACCUUAGUACCACGGCGAACUUUUCCCGGACCUGUUGACGCCGUAGCUGAUAAUUUCAUGAUCUUAUUGAUGCACAUUUGUGGUCGCGUACGCACACGUGAUAUUCAUUCUUGGCUUAGCUGAUGCACUCGUGGCCUGACUGACACUUAAUUUUGUCCACCUGACAUUAUCCUGGCCACGCUGAUACUCUCCUGGCCCAGCUGACACCCCUCAGCUAUGGCCAUCCUCGCAUUCCUCGUGGCCUUCACAUCUCCGCUCAUUGUCCUCGCAGCCAACCAAAUUAAAGGCCUGGAUGAUGCCAUAUUGUUUCGACUCCAAUGGCCAGGCGCCGACAGCAGCCUCCUGGAGUCACCUGAUUAUGAGAAGUUGGUCAUGAUGAGUGCCAAUAAUGAGCAGUACCAGUGCCUUGUGCCCAUUAGCUAUGGCAAUAAAAAUGAGGAUUCUGAAGUGUAUGCUGGCCCCAAUGCCUUAACUCUGCUGCUGCCACUCUUUAGGAAACAAUCAUGUGUUUUGCGGAUUGAGUCGUAUUGGACAUAUGAACUGUGUCACGGUAUGCACUUGAAGCAGUACAGAGAGGAACGAGAGGGCAAAACAGCACGUCUCCAUGAAUACAUUUUGGGCAUGUUCUUUUUAGACAAUCUUCCCGAGCUAAUGACACAACUUGAAGUGGAACUUAAAGAAAAUCCAAACCCCGAUACUCCAACUACCAAAAUAGAAGGGAUUAACAUGCCGUAUUUUAUGGUGAACUACACGCACGGCACCAUCUGUGACCUCACUGGAAAACCUCGUCUCAGUCACAUUUUGUUCGUGUGUUAUGAAGAGGGACGACACGAGAUCUACAGCAUAAAGGAGACAUACACCUGCGAAUAUGAAAUAGUUGUUCUGUCACCAUAUCUCUGUCAGCAUCCGUCAUACAGACCUCAUGAUUUACCUCAAACCAACCUCCAUUGUGUGCCAAUGAAUGGCAGCCCAAAAAGACCCCGCAAUCUUCUCAAGAUUGAAGCAGAAAGUCUUAAGUUGCGUUCUAAUGGGGCCAUGCUCACUGGUGACACAUCAAGUGGGUCCGUCAAAUUGGAAGUCGUGGAAGACACUGAUGAUCCGUUGAUUUUCUCUACCACCCCAGAACCUCGACCAAAAUUAUCCCUAUUCCCACCCCAACCGGCAGUUGAUCAGAAACUUGUGGAAGACUUUCUUAGUGGAGAAUAUUGUCUUCAUGGAGGCUCUGGGUGGUGGAAGUAUGAGUUCUGUUAUGGUCGCAAGGUUGAGCAGUACCACGAGAAUCGUCAAGGGGACCGGGUGAUCAUUCUUCUGGGAGCAUUUAAUGUAGAGCAGCACAAGAAGUGGCUGGAAAAAAAUCCAGAGAAGGUGUACAAGCCGGGCAAGAGACACGUGUCACACUUUUACUCUGGGGGUACAAUGUGUGACUUGACGGGUAAGCCAAGACAGGUCGAGGUCAAGCUUAAGUGUAAGGAAUCAAACAGUCCAAGCUCUGUGACACUAUAUCUGCUGGAGCCACAGACCUGUGAGUACACCCUUGGUGUUGAAACAUCCAUCAUCUGCCCUCUGCUUCAGCAUGCUGAUGAGCUGGGACUCUUCACCCUAGCCACGGGAACAGAAGACUCGCAGGAUACGAGUGAUUCUGGUGCCUCCGGUGAGAACAUGGCUGACUCUGGUGCUUCAAAUAAGGAUAUUGAUCAGGAUGAUCAUGCUCAACAGUUUACUUCGCACAAAGGAGUGAUCCAUAAAGUGGAGGAUGAGGAUUACGAGGAGUACGAUGACAAAGAUGAUGAUGAGUGAUGCCAGUAGACAAAAUAUCGUGCCUUUUGCAAUCAAGGGAACCUUCCAGCUGGGCUCACGUAAGCACUUAAGGCUGCAUUCAGAUGUAAAUGGGUAAACAGGGUAGAAAUAUUUAGUCAAUAUAAUUGAGGUGACGUUCACCUUACACUGCUUGAGGUGGUCUUGAAGCAGAUAUGAAGAGUAGAUAACAGGGACCAUUAUAUUAUAGUGAAAGUGUCAUUAGCUGGUAAUCUUGGGCUUCAGUUUGAUAUGUGUUGUUUUUCACAAAGAGCAAGUUGGGUUUCCUGUGAGAGGCAGUACUGUAUUGACAAGUGAGCCAGAACAGGAUUCAUCAAACCUUUACACCUCCACUUAUGAUAUCUUUAUCUUUCUUUGAUCAUGGCAGCAUAGUGUGUAUUUAUUAAACAGUCUGCCAUCUUUGUACCCCCAAUGUUAUAGACAAUCUCUUAGCACUUUGGAGCACACAAACUGUUCAAUAAAUGUAAACUAAGCAGCCAUGGUUGAGGAGAGGUGUAGAGGUCUCGUAAGUGAACAUUUAAGUGCUUGGUGAAUCUUGGCCUAGGACUAGUGCUAUAUCUUGUGCUAGUACAGUAGCAUCACAUCUAACUUUACAUUUUUUUUUUUUUUAAUUUUCACUGGCUGUAUCUCUCUAAGUACUUUGGUAUAACCUGCUCCACAAUUAUGAGCAGUGUGUGUGUAACUGUAAGCUGGUGCUGUUGGCUUAUUUGUCAUGAUGCUCUCACACUGGGGGUGUACUUCACUGCUUGGUGCUCUCUUGGACGGUGUUAAUUAAACAAGUUUUCUUUGGAUAUCUGCUAUAUAAAGUGACAUUUUAUAGAUAAAUGUCAAAUGCUGUACAUUUAUAAAAUUAUAUAUAUAAUGUACAGUGUUCAGUACAUAUAAAAUAGGUGCAAGUAAUGUUAUUACUCUGUAAUUUGUGGAUGAAGGACUUAUAUUUGUUGUUGUUGUUGCUAGUGAGCGAGUGAAUUGUUGCCGGCACUCGGUGCUGGAAAUGGUCUUGUAAUUGGGAGAGUUUUAGACUUGUGUAGGCUGUACUGUUUCUAGAGCAUGCAUUGCCAAUGAUUAGCUUGAGAAGAACCAUCAUAAGGAAUGGCAACAUUUAUCAAAGUGAAGCCUGGUUACCAGUAAGAUCACCUGUACAAUAAACAUAUUUUUUCAAGUGCUAAGAUUAAAGGUGCGCAGCACAGUGGUUACA